UCCCAUUUUCGUGCUCCUCUCGAUCUUUUUCCCAUUUCCAUGGAGCUGAUCCCGUCACCGUUAUCAUCAACGAAGUAAAACCCAAAUAGCUAUCGCCGCUUUCUUUCUUUUUUUGCCCCCCGCGCCGCCAUGAACGACCUCAUCUCCAGCUCCUUCAAGAGAUACACAGACCUGAAGCACCAGGUGAAGCUCGACGACGUCGAGGCGGGCCAAACCGAAUCAGGCAACCUCGACGAGUUCUUCGGAUAUGUCGAGAACGUCAAAGAAGACAUGAAAGCCGUCGAAGAGCUCCACAAGCGUCUCCAAGAUGCCAACGAGGAGUCCAAGACCGUUCACGAUUCCAAAGCCAUGAAGAAGCUUCGUGGGCGCAUGGAUUCGGACGUGGAACUUGUCUUGAAACGAGUCAAGAUGAUCAAAUCUAAGCUGGAGGCCGUGGAGAAAGCGAACGCAGCUCAGAGGAAGGUCCCUGGGUGCGGUCCCGGCUCGUCCGUGGACCGGACCAGGACGUCCGUCGUGAGCGGGUUGGGGAAGAAGUUAAAGGACAUGAUGGAUGAUUUCCAGGGGCUACGAGCCAAGAUUUCUUCCGAGUACAAAGAAACAGUCGAGAGACGAUACUUCACUGUUACGGGACAGCGAGCAGACGAAGAGACGAUCGAGAAGCUGAUAUCGAGCGGAGAGAGCGAGGGUUUUCUGCAGAAGGCGAUACAAGAGCAGGGUCGUGGACAGAUCAUGGACACGUUGUCAGAGAUUCAAGAAAGGCAGGAGUCGGUGAAGGAGAUAGAGAGGAGUCUGGUGGAGUUGCACCAGGUGUUCUUGGACAUGGCGGCUCUGGUCGAAGCCCAGGGACACAUGCUCAACGAUAUAGAGACCCACGUCGCGAAGGCGAGCUCCUUCGUCAUGCGCGGCUCCGACCAGCUCCAGCUCGCGAGGGAACACCAGAAGAGCUCGAGGAAAUGGACGUGUAUCGCCAUCGUGCUCGGCCUUGUCCUUGUCCUUGUUAUCUUGUUCCCCAUCUUAUCUUCUGUCAUUCUCCAUUGA